AUGACUAGCCACACCAACGGCGCCGCACUGGCGCCGAAGCCCGACCCGGAGCGCCGCGAUGCUACCGUCUCGAACCCUACAGCCGCCGACGCAGCUGCCGUCGCCGAGGCCCCCGCCCCGCCUCUCAUCACGAUCAAGGGCCCCAGCGACGCGCCCGACGCGGGCCUGAGGAGCCUCGAUCAUUACAAGAGAGCGCUGCCGACAUGGCGAUACCGACUGCGACAGUGGAUGCUGCCACUGAUCCGAUGGGAGACCCCCUAUCUGGCUUACCUGCAGGAGAUGAUGCGCACCCCGUGGCUCGAUAGUUACUUUGCGAUCACGGCGAACCUCGGCACCCAUACCUUCUUCAUGAUCGGCUUGCCCAUGCUCUUCUGGUGCGGCUACGCUUCCUUCGGCAAAGGUGUCAUCCACAUCCUUGCUGAGGGCGUCUUCUUCACUGGCUUCAUCAAGGACUUCUUUUCGCUCCCGCGCCCGCUUUCCCCGCCGUUACACCGAAUCACCAUGUCCGGUUCCGCCGCGCUGGAAUAUGGCUUUCCGUCAACCCAUAGCGCCAAUGCAGUGUCAGUGGCCGUGUACGGCGUUUUGCUCCUGCGCAGUCCCGACAAUACUAUGCCGGAAUCCACCAAGACCCUCCUCGAGGGACUAUCGUACUUCUAUGCGAUCUCUAUCGUCUUCGGCCGUCUGUACUGCGGCAUGCACGGCUUCAUCGACGUCGUUGUAGGAUCGAUUCUGGGCGCCGCCAUCUCGCUUGUCGAGUUCCACUACGGUCCUCCUUUGGAUGCGUACAUGCACAGCAGCUCGUGGUGGGCGCCCGUCAUCGCCGCUCUCGUGAUCAUUGUCCUGGUCAGGAUUCACCCGGAGCCUGCGGAUGACUGUCCCUGCUUCGACGACAGUGUUGCUUUUGCUGGCGUAGUCAUCGGCCUAGAAAUUGGAACAUGGAUGUACGGGCGGACGUCAAUCGAUUCCUUCGGGGGAUCCGCCCACAGCGUCCAGUCCCUCGACCUCGGCGCCCUCGGGUGGCACAUUGUCCUGGCCCGCAUCGUGUUUGGCGUCUUUGUCAUUUUUGUGUGGCGGGAGGUUAUGAAGCCGACCAUGCUCAGGAUUCUGCCGCAUCUUUUCCGUCUCUUGGAGAAGGUUGAGUGGAACCUUCCUCGACGGUUCUUCACCCCGGCGUCCAAGUACAAGGUUAUUGACCCCGGCUCGCGGAUGGAUAACCUCAUCCCCUCCGUCAGGGACUUCCCCCGUGUGGUUCAGUCUAUCCGUCACCCCACGACGCGUGGCCGUUCAGUAUCGAUCGGACCCCAGAGUGCCGCCGAUGCGUAUGAGACGCUGGCAUACCGCGAGCGUCGGCGGCGGGAGAGCAUCGGCAGCAACGGCAGCAUCAAGAGCAAGGGUAGCAUGCACGAGCUUCGGGAAAAGAGCGGCGACUGGGAGGGGAAGGGAGCGACAUCCGGUGUACAGGGCCAUCACGGCAACUCGCUACAUGACUUUGAGCGCAUGAUGGGUACGGGCAGCGUCCUGGCGAGCCCGAGCGAGGAGAAGGGAGAGCUGGACCUGACGGUUGGCCAGCAAGACGAAAUCAGCGAGAAGGAGAUGUUCCUGCGACUGAUUCGACCUCGAGUGCGUUACGACGUCGAGGUGGUCACCAAGUUGGUUGUUUAUACAGGUAUCGCAUGGCUAGGCGUCGGCCUGAUCCCCAUGAUGUUUGAGUUGGUUGGCCUUGGAUCGAAGCACCUCCGCACUGCCUAA